GCCCUCCGUCCUUCCAGUCCGGCCCUCGGCCCAGGCGCGCCGCACCAUGCCUGCCGUGGACAAGCUCCUGCUAGAGGAGGCGUUGCAGGACAGCCCCCAGGCUCGCUCUUUACUUAGUGUAUUUGAAGAAGAUGCUGGCACCCUCACGGAUUAUACCAACCAGCUGCUCCAGGCCAUGCAGCGCGUCUAUGGAGCCCAGAAUGAGAUGUGCCUGGCCACUCAACAGCUUUCUAAGCAGCUGCUGGCAUAUGAAAAACAGAAUUUUGCCCUUGGCAAAGGGGAUGAAGAAGUAAUUUCGACACUGCAUUAUUUUUCCAAAGUAGUGGAUGAGCUUAACGCCCUCCACACAGAGCUGACUAAGCAGCUGGCAGAUACAAUGGUUCUACCUAUUAUACAGUUUCGAGAAAAAGAUCUCACAGAAGUAAGCACUUUAAAGGACCUUUUUGGACUGGCCAGCAAUGAGCAUGACCUCUCAAUGGCAAAGUAUAGCCGGCUUCCUAAAAAAAAGGAGAAUGAGAAGGUGAAGACUGAAGUGGGAAAAGAGGUGGCUGCUGCCCGGCGGAAACAGCACCUCUCGGCCCUGCAGUACUACUGUGCCCUCAACACGCUGCAGUACAGAAAGCGGGCGGCCAUGAUGGAGCCCAUGGUAGGCUUUGCCCAUGGACAGAUUAACUUCUUUAAGAAGGGAGCAGAGAUGUUUUCCAAACACAUGGACAGCUUUUUAUCCUCCGUUGCAGACAUGAUUCAAAGCAUUCAGGUAGAACUGGAAGCCGAAGCAGAGAAGAUGCGGGUGUCCCAGCAGGAAUUACUUUCUGUUGAUGAAUCCAUUUAUACUCCAGACUUUGAUGUGGCUACACCACAAAUCAACAGGAAUCUCAUCCAGAAGGCUGGUUACCUUAACCUCAGAAACAAAACAGGGCUGGUCACCACCACCUGGGAGAGGCUCUACUUCUUCACCCAGGGCGGGAAUCUCAUGUGUCAGCCCAGGGGAGCCGUGGCUGGAGGCUUGAUCCAGGACCUGGACAACUGCUCGGUGAUGGCUGUGGACUGUGAAGACCGGCGAUACUGCUUCCAGAUCACCGCUCCUAAUGGGAAAUCGGGAAUAAUCCUCCAGGCAGAGAGCAGAAAGGAGAACGAAGAGUGGAUCUGCGCAAUAAACAACAUCUCCAGACAGAUCUACCUGACCGACAAUCCAGAGGCAGUCGCCAUCAAGUUGAAUGAGACAGCUCUCCAAGCAGUCACUCCUAUUACAAGUUUUGGCAAAAAACAAGAAAACUCGUGCCCCAGCCAGAACCUGGAAAAUUCCGAGGUGGAAAAUGACCAGACUGUCCCCAAAGCCACAGCAAGUGUACCUGAAGCAGAACAACUGAUCGCACCUGGAACACCUAUUCAGUUUGACAUCGUACUUCCUGCCACAGAAUUCCUCGAUCAGAACCGAGGGAGCAGGCGUAUCAACCCUUUUGGUGAAACUGAGGAUGAUUCCUUUCCAGAAGCGGAAGAUUCUCUUUUGCAACAGAUGUUUUUAGUUCGGUUUUUGGGAUCAAUGGCUGUUAAAACAGACAGCACUACGGAAGUGAUUUAUGAAGCAAUGAGACAAGUACUGGCUGCUCGGGCUAUUCAUAACAUCUUCCGGAUGACGGAGUCCCACCUAGUGGUCACCAGUCAAACCCUGAGAUUGAUAGAUCCUCAGACCCAAGUUUCAAGAGCCAGUUUCGAACUUACAAGCAUCACACAAUUUGCUGCUCAUCAAGAAAACAAGAGGCUGGUUGGAUUUGUCACCCGUGUUCCUGAAUCCACAGGAGAAGAGUCUCUGAGCACAUACAUUUUUGAAAGCAACUCAGAAGGCGAAAAGAUAUGUUAUGCUAUUAAUUUGGGAAAAGAAAUUAUUGAGGUUCAAAAGGAUCCAGAAGCAUUGGCUCAGUUAAUGCUGUCCAUACCACUAACCAGUGAUGGAAAAUAUGUACUGUUAAACGAUGAACCAGAGGACAAUGAUGGAAAUCCCAGUGAAAACAGAGGCGCAGAAUCUGAAGCAUAACUCACUUGCGCCUGUGAGGGAAGAGGACACAGGAAGGGGAGCUACCUCCUAAGGGUUUUCAACUUCUCUGACAUACAGGGACACUGACACAGAAUGCUGACAAUCGUUUGUGGAAUGUACUUUUGAAGUCCUGAUACUGAGACUUGGGAGGGAAACAAGUGAGGAAUGGUUGACAACAUUACUACCCAUCUCCAAAUGUUAUUUUAGGUGCUUUGUGGUAAGUCCUUUUCUUAGAUCGCAUUGUUCAGCACUCAGAAAGGUAUGGAAAAUGCAUUGUUCACUUUAUUUGAAUGUCAUCUCUUUUCUUCCAGUAUCCUUUUUUAAAAAUGGCAACAGCCUAGAUUUUCACUUUGAUAAACACUAAAUAUUUCCUAUUAAUAUAAUCUAUUUUUAUAUUUCCCUUAAUGAGCUUUAAGUGCCUGUCAUUCUGAAAAGUAUUUAUAAUCCAGCUCAUGAUUAGGUCUCAUAAUUGGACCUAACAGCAUCAUUUUGUGCAGUUAGGUGACAAGCACUACUUUGAAGCCCGAGCACUAGUACAGAUGCAGGUCUAGUUUUGGUAACUGUUCCAGGUGCCAUGCAAUAAAAAGCUGAUAAAUACCACAAAAGAUGGUUUACAGUGGCGCCUUACUGGCCCAGCAUUCUGAAGCUUAGGGUCCUCCUAGAUAUGAGGAGUUUUAGAGGUGGGACAGGGUGCAGCUCUACCAGUUCCUAUUUCUUCUGCUGAGCCAGAACCUCCUCAAAGAAGGGACCAGUUAAUUUUAAAACUCACUUGAAGCACAACUGGUUAUAGGGCUUGGGAUGAAGUUCCUAUUUCUACCCUGACACUGUUGGUUUCUAGCACCCCAGCCCACUCUUCCAUCCCUCUUACCUAAUAAAGAUCUUGAAUUGGUACAGUAUGUUUAAAUGUAACCAAGCUCAACAGACUCAUUAUCUUUUUAAUAAAUUAACCUAGUAAUAAAAAUUAUUAUGUUUC